GUCCAAACAGCCCAGAAAUUAGGAAAGAGGCCCAUUUCGUCUUCAUAUCGGUCCCCUCUCUCUCUCCCUCUCGUCUCGGAUUCACGGCACACUCAAGACUCAAAAGGAUGAGAUGACAUGACUGUCCUAAAGAGGUAUGUGCUGAGGCUGUUCAUAUCAUUGAAGUACGUCACGGCGAAUGUCGUGGACCGGAAUGACGGGCGGAUUGUGGCCACAGCAUCGACGGUUGAGCACUCCAUCAAAAACUCUCUGGAGUGUGGCAGGUCUUGCAAUGCUAAGGCCGCAGGUGUCAUCGGAGAGGUGUUGGCUAUGCGACUCAAGGUGGAAGGUCUUGAGCAGGGACUCGGGAGAGGCAUUCAUGUUGACAUGAACAAGGAGAUAGAGAAGAAAGGAUUCAAGAACAGAACAAAGAUCUGGGCGAUUGUCAAUGCUCUAAAAAACAAUGGCGUCAAACUCAUCCUUGAUGAGAAAGAGGACGAUCCUCUUCGGCGUAGUUAUUAGACGGUUCCUUCCUUUUCACUUUCAUCUUGCUGAAUGCAGUGAAACCGAAAGAUGAUUUGUACGAGACUACAAUGACCUGUACAAGAUGUACGUCUUUGGCCUCGAAUGAGCCCGUGCUGGAACGUUGCUCCUUCGGCUCUCGAGUAUGCUGUGCUGAAUUUGGGCCAUCUUUCUCCUCUGUGCCCACAGUAUUGGCUCCUGGGCUGCAAACUCGACUAAAGGACUAUCGAAGCAUUUUAAGAUGUGUUCAUUUACGAUGCCCGGAUCAAUCACCAA